GAUCCGACCCGACAUCAGCCGUGAUCCAAAAGCCCGGACACACCAUCACCACCACUAAAGACGUGCAAAUGAUUGGCCAAUGAUUUCACGCUUCGAUGGCCGCGUUAUCGUCGUCUGCCAUGACAACCGCCGCCGCCGCCGCCGCCGCCGCUCCUCCUCCGCCUCCUCCGCCGCCCGCCACCGUGGCCUUCACGACGCCGCAGAACUACGCGGGGAGGCUCUCUCGCCUCCUCGCCGUCGAAGGCCACGCCCCGCUCUGGUGCCCCACCCUCUCCGUGGGUCCGACCCCGCAGACCAUCUCCUCCCUCCGGUCCCACCUCCUGCCGCCGGCGCUCGAGCCCUUCUCCGCCGUCGCCUUCACCUCCCGCGCCGGCAUCGCCGCCUUCUCCGCCGCCACCGCCGGCAUCCGGGCCCCGCUCUUGGCCCCCCACGGCGGCCGCGGCGGCGCCUUCAUCGUCGCGGCCCUCGGCAAGGACGCCGACCUCCUGUCCAGGAUCUGCCCCGACCCGAGACGGAUCGAGACCCUGGUCCCCCGAGUCGCGAGCCCCCGGGGGCUCGUGGGCGCGCUCGGGCGAGGCGACCGGAGGACGAUCCUCUGCCCGGUCCCCCUGGUGGUCGGGAUCGAGGAGCCGCCGGUGGUGCCGGAGUUCAUCGCCGACCUGGAGGCGAACGGCUGGGCGGCGGUCAGGGUCGGGGCGUACGAGACGCGGUGGCUGGGGGAGGAUUGCGCGGGGGCGAUCGCGAGCAGGGCGGAGGGCGAGGGGCUGGACGCGAUCCUUUUCACCAGCAGCGGAGAAGUGGAGGGCCUCCUGAAGAGCCUGAAGGCGGGUUUUGGGUGGGAGUGGGAGGACGUGCGGAGGAGGUGGCCGGACCUGCUGGUGGUGGCGCACGGCCCGGUGACGGCGGCGGGAGCGGAGAGGCUCGGGGUCGGGGUGGACGUGGUGGGCCACAAGUUUGAGAGCUUCGGGGGUGUUGUGGAGGCGCUUACCCUGAAACUCCAAGAGCGCAAGAAACAACCUUGAAUUGAGCUGAGGCUGAGCUACUUGGUGAUCUGUAUGGAUUCAAAUUUGGCCCAAGAAGAAAUCAUGAACUUGUUUCAGCAAAAUCAUUCCUUUGCUCUCUCGUUUACCUUCCUCUCAUGAGAUGAAAUCGCCAAAAUGGUAAGGAAUGUGCAAUGGACUGACAAUUCAGACCAGAAACUGCAUGAUGAUGAACAUCUGAGUCCCAUAUUCAACCAACAAUGCGGCCCAAAACAGAGAAGAAGAGUGUUUCUCAUUCUGUAUUUUGAAACUGAAUCCUGUCCUUGCCCUCCAGGCCAAACAUUUCCAGAAAGAGGGUUGUUUGAUUUCCCAUCUCCCUCAUAGAUGGAAACUUUGGUGGAAACAACACGAUCCCGGUUUUGUUUACUGGUCUCUGUUUAAGUUGUUCGUGCAUAUCUUCUUCGCAUUCAGCAGAGUCAGAUCUCAGGGAGCUUGAUGAUUUUGCUGAAUGUAAUAUGACCAACUCUUUCUGCUCAGUUACACAGAUUUGUUCGGGUUUCAUGUCACCUGAUUGCAAAUAACCAAGUUGGGAAGAUAUUUCAUUUGCUUAAUGCAGAGGAGAGAAAGAAGUGUCAUUUUCUUGGUGGCUUCAACCCUGACAGGAGCUUCAGUGCAUCGCUGAUGGAUGGUCGGUCCGAUGCCCUGCUUUGUAUGCAGAGCAGAGCAACUUCAAGCAUCGAUUUUAUCUCCUCUUGCAAUGAGCGAUCGGUACCGACAUCAUUCUCUGCAAGGAUUUCCCUCACAAGAACGGCCCUUGGCUUGCUCCGUAUGCUUCCCACCGCGUUUGCUGACCUCCCGUUCGUCAAAACUUCCAGAAUGAUCUCCCCAAAGUUGUAAACAUCCAUUUGGAGCUGCUCCCGUGUGGCAUUGUUAUCUGUCAUCAAACGAGAACAGAGAAAAGAAUCAAUUUGAUGCAGGGUCGAGAUAAUGAAAAGAAAAAAAGCCAAGAGAAUUCUGCAGAUGGUAUCCACCCGCUGUUAGUUUGAUUCAAAUGUCCAUUAUGUAUCUGAGUGUGCUCUGAUUAAUAUUCCAUUUCUGAUCACAAAAGAAUCGUUACUCUAGAUGAACUAAAAGCUUUUGAUUCCACAAGUCGUCAUCAUAUGACGCACCUAUCUGUACAGAAACUUAGGUCCUUGGUGCAUAAUGGCAUUCUCUAAGAUAUGGUCAAUUCGAAAUUUCUGUAGAUGGCUUAUUUCGUUCGGUUAACACCCGGAAAUCAACUUUGUCAAACGUGAGUAUUCUAUAACAUUAACAUCCAAUGCAUGUA